AUGAAGCCUUCCACCUCACCGCAAUGUCGAUGCAUACCUCAAGACCCCUGCUGGCCAUCCACAGCAGACUGGGAUCGUCUGAAUGACACACUCAGUGGUAGACUGAUAGCGACUGUCCCACUAGCGCAUGUAUGCCACGAUCCGCAGUACAACCAGACUGCCUGCGACGCCUUGAAAAAAGGUUGGCCAUACAUUCAAACCCACGCUUCAUCGCCUUCUUCUUUCGUCAGCCCUCUCGCGCAGAACCAGAGUUGCGACCCCUUCACCAGCGCACUGUCAAAAUGUCAACUUGGAAAUGAACCCAUUUACGCGGUUAACGUGUCAUCGCCAGAUCACAUCGCAGAGACGUUGAAGUUUGCGCACCUUAACAACAUUCGCGUUAUAGUUAAAAACACAGGCCACGAUCUGCUCGGGAAGAGUAGCGGUUCGGGAUCUUUGUCUAUUUGGGUCCACUCGCUCAAAGAAAUCUCUAUUACCAAAACCUACUCUGGAGCAAACGCUUUCUUGAACUAUAGUGGCCCUGCCGCCCGACUCGGUGCUGGGGUGAUGGUGUACGAGGCUCUCGAAGCAUCUUCAAAAGAAGGCCUGAGAGUCUUGGGUGGAACUUGUCCGACGGUCGCUUCUGCCGGAGGCUAUACCACCGGCGGAGGCCACUCUAUCUUGAGCUCCAAAUAUGGGCUUAGCGCUGAUAACGUCCUUGAAUGGGAGGUAGUCACUGCGAAUGGAGAGCAUAUCAUCGCCACCCCGUCAUCGAAUGCCGAUCUCUACUGGGCUUUGAGUGGAGGAGGGGCUGGCGUGUUUGCAGUAGUCGUUAGCAUGACUGUGAAGGCGUUUCCCGAAGGCGUCAUGUCUGCUGCUAGCCUGUCAUUCAACAUCAGCUCCUCUCCAAGCGAAGAUAUCUUUUGGUCCGCGGUUGAAGAUUUCCACCAAUUAUUGCCACAGGUACUGGAGGAUGAUGUCUCGGCCGGUUACGUCAUUGUUGGUGGCUCAUUCUCGCUGCGGCCUUUGACUGCGCCCGAUAAAACGAAAGAGUACGUGACAAACCUCGUCUCGCCGUAUAUUUCAAAGCUGGAGCAAUUGGAAAUACCUUAUACAUUGGACGUGACAAGUUUUCCGAGUUACUACGACAUGUACGUGACAUUCUUCGGUCCGCUUCCUUAUGGUGCCGACUCGUACCCCCAAUCCGAGGUCCAGACAUCGAGGUUAAUUCCGCAGUCGACUUUGACAAACCAGACAUCGGAGUUAAUCGAGGCGCACCGCCAGAUUGCUGCUCUGGAAAACGGCUCGCUUUGGAUCGUCGGCAAUGCGUUUCAGAUACCUCACGUUCCAUCCGCCGCACCUUCCAACUCAGUGCUACCCGCCUGGAGAGACACGGUUGUACACCAAAUGAUCGUCGGCCUGUGGAACUGGACUUCGACUUGGGACGAGAAUUUAGGCAAAGAGAGAGCUAUGCAGGAUGCAGUCCUUCCUUUGCUGUCAGCAUUCAGCUCGGCAACAUAUUUGAACGAAGGGGAUCCAAACCAAAAAGAUUGGAAGGAGGCAUUCUAUGGCGCUAACUUUGAAAGAUUAGAGAAGAUCAAGAGCGUAUGGGAUCCGGCUGAUGUUCUAUAUGCACAAACCGGGAUUGGCAGCGAAAAGUUCAGAUCAGACGACGCAGGAAGACUCUGCUACAAGUAG